AUGACGGCCUUCAUCAGCGACAGAGAGGUGGUGCAGCUGUUCAUCCGCUUCCUGUACCGGCUGGCGUCGCUGAACAAGGACUACGCCGUGGUGAUGUGUCGGCUCGGCACCAAGGAGGCUCUGGUGAAGGCUCUGGACAAACACAGCACCAACCUUCUGCUGGUCACUGAGCUCAGAGACCUCAUCACAGACUGUGAGAAGUACGCCAGCCUCUACAAGAAGAUGACCACCAGUGUCCUGGCCGGCUGCAUCCAGAUGGUGUUGGGUCAGAUCGAGGAGCACCGCCGCAGCCAUCAGCCAAUCAACAUCCCCUUCUUUGACGUGUUCCUCAGGAACCUGUGCCAAGGAUCCAGUGUGGAGCUGAAGGAGGAUAAAUGCUGGGAGAAGGUGGAGGUUUCGUCCAAUCACCAUCGAGCUAACAAACUGACUGACAAGAACCCCAAAACCUACUGGGAGUCCAACGGCUGCACCGGGUCGCACUUCAUCAACAUCUACAUGCACAAAGGUGUCGUCAUCAGACAACUUGCCAUCCUGGUGGCCAGCGAGGACUCCAGCUACAUGCCGGCCCGGAUUCUGGUUCUGGGAGGAGACGACCCAACCAACAUCAACACUGAGCUGAACACGGUGAACGUGACUCCGUCGGCUAGCCGAGUGGUUCUGCUGGAGAACAUGACCAGGUUCUGGUCCAUCAUCCAGAUCCGGGUGAAGAGAUGCCAGCAGGGCGGCAUCGACACACGAGUCCACGGCUUCGAGGUUCUGGGUCCGAAGCCGACGUUCUGGCCCGUGUUCAAGGAGCAGCUGUGCUGCCGGACCUACCUGUUCUACAGCACCAAGGCCCACACCUGGUGUCAGGAGGUGAUGGAGGACAAGACGCAGCUGCUGCAGCUCUUCAACAAUCGGUACAGUUGUGGCGUGUUUGCUGUCUACCCAGAAUCCUCGGCGUUCAGCCCGCUGUCGUGGCUGCUCAGCGAGUACCUUGAUAACGCUGAGUCGGCUCGCCGCUGUAAGAGCCGGGCGGCCAUCUUUAACUCCAGAGUGCGACGCCUCACUCACCUGCUGGUCCACGUGGACACGAGUCGCAGCGACGGCGAGGAGCUCAAACCGCCCGUCAAGUCCAAAGGUCUCAACAGAAGCAAAGAGCUGAAGAAUGGUAAAGAGGGUAAAAACAAAGACUCUGCCACGGCGUCUUCCUCCACUUCCUCUUCUUCAGCCAAACCCAAAGUAAAGAGCAGCAGCAGCAUCGCAGGCAUCGCCCUCUGCUGGCAGGGAGUGGUACAGCGACAGGUUUGUCACACUUCCUGUUCUGCUCCAUCUUCUCUACCUGUGGCAUAGACUGUAUAAAAGAUGGACGUAGCAACC